AUGUCAGGUGCAGACCAAGGCUCAACUUAUAAAGACCCUUCUCCCAAGCCAGGGUCCAGCUUUGCAGCAGAUGCAGUGUCAGUUUUGGGUCCAGCUUCCCAGGACACUCCUAAAAUUUCCUUUCUGCUACAUACCAUGUCAUCUUCAGGUCCAGCUUCCCAGUCCUCUUCUACUCUUUCCAUUAAGCAGAGGCACUUUGAGACAGCAGAUCAAGGCCAAACUCUGAAGGACUCCAGCUCUGCUUACAAGCCAGAAUGUGAAGUCACCAGUUCGUUUCUGAGUUUUUCCAUGUCAAGAACAUCACCAUCCUCUAGGGAGUUGCUUCCGGUUCCCAAGCAAAAGACCCAUCUCAUGGCUUCAUUUCUGUCCAUUUCAACGGCAGACCAAAAUCUAAGCUCAGGAUCCCAGGACUCGUUUGAUGCUCAGAGGCUAGUCCCUCACCGUUCUAAUUUUUCUUCCUUUCCUGACCAGAUCCAGAAACAUAUGCAGGCCUUCCGCCUAUCCAAGAAGCAGCUCCUGCAAAUAAAAGACUCCAUACAGGUAGUCCUGGAGAAGGGCCUAAAAAAGAAGGUUCAAGAUGGAGCUGGUUCUUUACCCAUGGUGCCCACUUUUGUUUGCACCUUGCCCAAUGGCACUGAGAGAGGCCAUUUUCUGGGUCUAGGGCUGUCCCAAACUCAGGUGGAUGUCUUGCUGUUGAACCUGAGUGGUGAAGAGAAGCAGAAAGCCCAGUUGAAAAUGCAGUCCUUUCCGGUCUCGGCAGAGCUAAGCAAUGGCAAGCUUUUUGAAUACUUGGCCAAGUGCCUAGCCAGAUUUUUGGAAGACCUUCAUACCACUGAGAAAUACUUCCCACUGGGCUUCUCUUUCCCCUUUCAUUGCCAGCAUAGUUCACUGAAUCAGUGUAAGCUGAUUAAAUGGGCAAAGGAUUUCCAAUAUGCAGGUGUUGUGGGUGAGGAUGUGGCACAGCUGCUUCAAACAGCUUUAAAAGAACAUUGCAAGAACUACAGCGUUGAGGUCAUUGCUGUGCUGAAUAACACUGUGGGAGUCAUGGUGAGCUGCAUAUGUGAAGAACAGCCCUGUGAGAUUGGACUGAUGAUAGAUGAUGGCACAAACUGUUGCUACAUGGAAGAAGCUGAGAACAUAGCAAGCGUGGAGAACAAAGUGGGGUGCAUGUGCAUAAACACUGAAUGGGGCACUUUUGGGGAUGCUGGUGAGCUGGAUGACAUACUGACAGAGUUUGACCAGUUAAUGGAUAAAGAGUCUUUUAAUCAAGGCAUUAGCAGAUUUGAUAAGCUGGUUGGUCGUAUGUACCUGUGUGAGAUUGUCCGCAUUAUUCUGGCUACUCUUUCUGAGAAGGGUGAGCUCUUCAGUGGGGUCCUGAGUCCAACCUUGCUGGUCAAAGGGAUGCUGAAGUUCCAAGAUUUUUUGGAUAUCAUAGAUGAAAAGGUGGGCCUGACCAAAACCAAGAACUUCCUGACUCGCCAUGGAUUGGUGCCGAGCAACCAAGACUGUUUCCACGUGCAGCAAAUCUGCCAAAAUGCAUUCAUCCGCUCUGCCAACCUAUGUGCUGCUGGACUGGCUGCCAUCAUCACUCAUAUUCGUACUUCUCAAAACCAGCCGCUUCUGGAUAUCAGUGUAGCUGUAUCUGGGGCCGUGUACAGGGGUCAGACACAGUAUCGUGAAGAAGUACAGAAGACAUUGAAAUUCCUAAUUCCGGAGUGUAAAGUUACCUUUGUCACAUCUGAAGGCAGUACUACAGGGGCUGCCCUGGUGGCAGCUGCAGCCUUGAGGCUUAAAAGCCAGCAACAGCAGAUAUCUUCAAUCCUGGCACCCUUGCAACUUUCUACAGCGGACCUUGCAAAAAUACGGAACCAGCUGAGACAGGAGAUGGAGAAGGGCCUGUCAAAGGAGACACACAAUAUAGCCAGUGUCCGCAUGUUGCCCUCUUUUGUCCGUAAUUUGCCUGAUGGCUCAGAGAGAGGUGAUUUCCUGGCCCUGGAUCUGGGUGGAACCAAUUUCCGAGUGCUGCUGGUGCAGGUGAAAAGCCAACAGGAGGGUGGUGUCUGCAUGACCAGUGAGAUUUAUACCAUUCCGACAGAAGUGGCCCAGAGUAAUGAUGUAGAGCUCUUUGAUCACAUUGUUAGCUGCAUAGUGGAUUUCCAGCUCAAGCAUGGCGUGAAAGGUCAGACAUUGCCACUGGGUUUCACUUUCUCCUUUCCCUGCAAUCAAAUAGGCCUGGACAAGGGCAUCUUGUUGCGAUGGACCAAGGGCUUCAGUGCUUUAGGCUGUGUAGGAAAAGAUGUUGUGCAGUUGCUGCGGGAGGCAGUAAAACGUCAAAAGCACUUUGAUCUAGACGUGAUUGCCAUAGUGAAUGACACUGUGGGAACCAUGAUGUCAUGUGCCUAUGUGGAUCCCAAGUGUGAGAUGGGCCUCAUUGUUGGAACGGGUACAAAUGCUUGCUAUAUGGAAGAAAUGCAGAAUGUGGGGACUGUGGAGGGUGAGGAGGGAAGAAUGUGUAUCAACAUGGAAUGGGGGGCAUUUGGGGAUGAUGGCUGCCUUGAAUACUUGAUGACACCCUAUGACAAGAAAGUGGAUGCAGGAUCUAUCAACUCUGGCCAACAGAGGUAUGAGAAGCUCAUCAGUGGCAUGUACUUGGGUGAGAUUGUGCGCUAUAUCCUGCUGGAUCUAUCAGCCCGCAAGAUCUUGUUUCAAGGCCGACAGAUAUCUGUGCUUAAGACCAAAGACCUCUUCUCCACCAAAUUAAUAACCACCAUUGCUGAUGGUAGCCAAGGCCAGCAAGUGAUGCGGGCUGCUUUGGAAGAGAAGGGAUUCAUAAUAUCUGCAGAAGAAACCCUGUUGGUGAAGGAUGUGUGUGAAGCCGUGUCCACCCGUGCCGCCAAAAUGUGUGGAGCUGGAGUGGCUGCUGUUGUGGAUAAGAUCCGAGAGAACCGGCAGUUGGAGAAGCUGGAGGUGACAGUUGGUGUGGAUGGGACUCUGUACAAGAUGCACCCUCAAUUUGCCAGACAGGUUCAGGAGACAGUGGCUCUUCUAGCUCCAAAAUGCCAAGUCAAAUUCUUGCUUUCAGAAGAUGGCUCGGGGAAGGGGGCUGCACUGAUUGCUGCUGUGGCCAGCCUCAAAAACAAGCAACAGCUCACUUAG